UGACAGUUCGCCGGUAAAAAGCCGCCAUUUUCAGAACAAAAAGGCUGGUUUAACCGCGCGGUACUGGAACUAGUCUUGCGUUUUUCAGCACUGGCGACAAGACGCACACAAAUGACAACAAUGGCGCCGAAGCCGUUCUUUAUCGUCAUUUAUUUGGCGAUGUUAAUCUUUUCCUUGACGAAAUCCAAGCCAUACCAUCCAAUGCCUACAUACUUUGGUAGAUUUCACCCAAAUGGUAGUAUUGUAGACCAAAGAAACCCUCUAACAAGACUGAACUUCACCGGAAAUCCCGAAGGACUUCGAGUGACGCAGUCGAAUGCUGUGUUAAAAGUUGAACCACCCGUUGCUAGUAACGGGGGAGGAGUAUAUAUAACUUGGUCGGGCGUUAGUGGAGCAACGGACAGAGACGUUAUUGGUAUCUACUGUCCUGAGACUAACAAAGCGACGGAUUAUUUGGAUUACGUCUGGGUGAAAAAUUACCCUACGUACAAGCAAGGUCAUGGCGAGUUCUCGGUCGAGUUGUACAACCUCAGGUCGAAUUGCGAGUUCCGGUACUACACGUUUAGGCCAUUUGAGGAGCUUGUGGCAAGAAGUAAUCUAUUGAGGUUUGAAGGUGGACCAGAGGCACCUUUACAUGGCCACUUGGCACUUACUACCACACAGCUCAAUGCCACAUCGACUGAGAUGAGAGUCAUGUGGGUUUCCGGGGCUAAUGUCACUCCAGUAGUUCAUUACUCCCUGGCUAAAGGUGGCCCUCUGAUGACCACCAAAGGUACGACCAAGACUUAUAAAGCGAGCGAUAUGUGUGGAGAACCUGCCAGUGGCAGCCAGUUCAUGGACCCAGGUUUCAUUCAUGAUGUGCUUCUGACUGACCUGAAGCCAUCAUCUCUCUACUAUUACCAAUAUGGGACUGAUUUGGGAAUGAGCAAGCUGAAAAAUUUCACAACAGCACCCCUUCCUAACCCCGAUGUGUCAUUCAAAUUCCUUGUAUAUGGUGAUCAAGGCAUCUCAGCUGAUGCACACAACACUGCCAGAUAUUCACUGGAGGAGAUGUUGUACAGAAAUGCAACCAUGGUUAUCCAUCUUGGAGACAUAGCAUAUGCUGAAGGAUAUGCAUACCAGUGGGAAAAGUACUUUGCUCUGAUUGAGCCGUACGCAUCUCUUGUCCCUUACAUGGUUGGCAUCGGUAACCAUGAGCAAGACCAUGUUUCCGGGGGGGAGAAGGACCCCAGUGGAGCACCAGGGGAGGGGUUUCACCCUUGGUUUGCCCCUUCGCUGUUUCACACUGACUCAGGAGGGGAGUGUGGUGUUCCAAUGUAUCACAGAUUUCACAUGCCUGACAAUGGAAACCAUGUGUGGUGGUACAGCUUCAACUAUGGCAGCUUGCACUACAUCAUGAUGAGCACAGAACAUAACUUCACACGUGGCUCGCGUCAGUACAAGUGGAUUGAGAAUGACCUCCGUAAUGUAGACCGCUCUGUCACCCCUUGGGUGCUGAUCGGGGGGCACAGGGCCAUGUAUACCAGUCAGAAAUACUACGGCGACUACAUGCUAUCUUUAGGCAUGCGACAUCACAUGGAUGAUCUCCUGAACAAGUACCAAGUAGAUCUUGGACUGUGGGCACAUUUCCAUAGUUAUGAGCGCACAUGUGCAGUGUACAAUGGCAGAUGUGAGAAUAAUGGCACAGUACAUAUCACUGUAGGCACUGCUGGCAAGCAGUUUGACACUAAUGGCUUCAUGCCCAUGGAUUGGUCCUUGAAGCAAAUGAUUGAGUUUGGCUACGGAAGGAUCACUGUUUAUAGCAAGUCUGCCCUACUUUGGGAGUUUAUCACAAACAAGGACAAAAAAGUUGCAGACAAAGUUCUUCUGACAAAAUAAAUUAACAAAAAAAAUCUCAAAUAAUUAUUGCUGAUUGUGUAGUCAUUGCAUUCUAUGUAUGAGAUUAUGUGGUCAUUCUCAAUAUACUGUAUACUCUAUUGCAAAAUAAUUAAUGUAAAAAAAUCAAUAUCUUUUGGAAAACUCAAUGUAUAUGAAUUUGUAAAUAGAUGAAUGCAAAAUAUUUUGGUCCUUGUGAUUAUAGUAAAUAUAAUGUACUCACAUAAGUUACGGUAGGCUUUUGUCACUCCUUGACUUUCAUAUUUAGGACAACUGCUACAGCUCAAUCAACAGACAGAACAAAUGUAUAUGUAAUGCUUUUGAAUUUUCCAUUGUUUCUACCAUAUUUAUUACCAUAAAUUUGUAUUCAUUCUUAUCAGUGAAAAUGUAAAAAUUAAAACUGA